AUGUCACACAGAGGAUGGGGCUAUGCGUUAUUUCUGAUAGACACGCUGGGGCUAACUGAACCCCGGUUGCACCAAAUUUCGCGAAGAAAUCAAGCUGGGGCUAACUGGAUGGAGAUCAACGGGCGCCACAUCGCUCAUUGGGAUCAUAGACUUGAGCUGCUGGCACAAGGUGCGCCGAUCGAUGUUGUCGGCGCACCUACUACACCUGACUAUAUGCCGUGGUUCCUCUCCAUCACGCGCCGAUGGAUGACACCACGUGCCAUCUUGGAAGCAGCACAUUACGCACCUGCUGCGCCUACGAUGACCCAAUUUGCACAAGGUGCGGCAAACGUGAUUCGGUACAACCAGGAGGAGCCGGUGAGGGAGAUUGCGCAUGGCAUGCUCGUCGGCUCGCAGUUCCAGCACUUCAUACCGGAAAUCGCUGCACAACACUCACCGACUAUCUCCCAUACGCACAUGGCAUGCUCUCCUUCUUAUGACUACCAUUUGGAGGAGAUUGAUCAUUUAUAUCCCGUUGACGCUGCGGGGACCUCGCAGGCUAGGCCAUCACAGCCAUCACAGUACCAGUCCCCUCCACUGCCAGAGCGUCACGCGAACGCCUCUUUCUAUCGUAGGAGGCGAAGGAGACCAACUCAGUUGGAUAAGGUAGAUGAGGGUUCGUGAGCGUUAACGAUUACCUUUUGUGUAUUUGGUUCGACUAUGUACAUAUAUAUAUAUAUAUAUUUUAAUUGACUUGUAUAUUUCAAACAUUUGUGUAUAUUUUGUUGUAUAUACAUGUUUAAUUACUUUAUCAUAAGCCCCAAACUUUGACUUAUGAAUGAUCGGAGUUUUGGCGAUGAAUCAUGCCGCCUUAAAAAUACAUCGACUUGUAAUUACCUAUUCUAAUG